AUGAUAAAGCUUAUAUCUCGCAUUAAGGAAGAGUUUCUUCACUCAAAUCAGCUCUGUAAACUAGAAACUUCAUGGGACAUUCGAAAGACUUUACGUAGGGUCCGCAACCACACUUGGAAAAGGAGCGACAUUUAUUUCAUCAUUGAGAUCCUAGUACUGGUCUUUUGCUUCUCCAUCAUUAAAAACCCUCCCCUUUUGGGCCGCAUCUUUAUGGCCGUUCUCAUCUUUUUGGCUCUCACCAUCCCCAUCACCUCCCAGUUCUUUCUCCCAGCACUCCCCAUCAUUUGCUGGCUUAUUCUCUUCUUCUCAUGUCAGUUUAUCCCCCACGACUGGCGCCCUCGCAUUUAUGUCCGUGUCUUGCCUGCUCUCGAAACCAUUUUGUACGGUGGCAACCUCAGUAAUGUGUUGUCUUCACGCACACACGCCAUUCUCGACAUUUUGGCUUGGAUCCCUUAUGGCCUUAUCCACUUUGGUGCCCCCUUUGUUUUGGCUGGCGUCAUUUUUGUCUUUGCCCCGCCUAAAACUCUUCCCUGCUUUGGCUUUGCAUUUGGCUGGAUGAACCUUAUUGGCCUCACUAUUCAAAUUCUUUUCCCUACCGCCCCUCCAUGGUAUCAAAACCUCUAUGGUCUCCAGCCUGCCAAUUACUCCAUGCCCGGCUCUCCAGGUGGUCUUGCUCGUGUAGACCAGAUUCUCGGCCUCAACAUGUACACUGGUUCUUUUACCGCAUCACCCCAAGUCUUUGGAGCUUUCCCUUCGCUCCACUCUGGAUCCGCAGUUAUGGAGGCCCUUUUCAUUUCAUAUUUGUUUCCUAGAUUUACUCCCUUGAUUUCGUGCUAUGUUCUUUGGAUUUGGUGGAGUACCAUGUACCUGACCCACCACUACUUUGUCGACUUGAUUGGCGGUGCUGUGCUUUCUUUUGUCGUCUUUUAUGGUGUUAAGCGUACAACUCUCCCCCGCAUGCAAUACGACAAGCUCUGCAGAUGGUCUUAUGAUUUCAUUGAGACUGGUGAUGAGCAACCCGUCAAGUAUCGCAAGUCUAUUGAUUUGGAGUAUGAGCUGCCAUUGUACAAUACCAACUUGGGUGAACCCAAGUAUUCCACUGAAGCUGUCUCGACGAGUUCUCCCUCGCGAGCUGGCAGUAGAAUGGCUGCUACUCUUCCUCCUAUUUUGACUGACUUGGAAAACCAAUCGGCUGCUUCCGUCUUGGCCUCUAAGAAUUUGCAAUUCUCUCACAACCGUUCUAGCAGUUACAAUUUGCAUAGUGAAAGUACUAUUUAUCCCACCUCUGCGUCUUCCAGUGCUGGUGUUCCAUCAACAACAGCUUCUACAGCUUCCUCCGGCUCUAAUAGCAUGGUGUCGAGCUCUACCAAUUCUAAUGCUUUGGCCUCUACUCCGGCGACCAAUCCCUCUUCCCCUGCUCUGGCUCCUUCCACGAGCUCCUUAUGGUCUGCCACUGCUGGCCUUUCUCGACCCAUGUCUACUAGUCCUGUUGAUGAUGGAAAGAAGUCUGUUUUCUUUAACAGAAUUGCUUCCCCUUCUCACCGCGACUAA